AUAAUUUCAUUAGUCUUAGUUUAUCGAAUAUUAAUGCAGAUUACUUUUUCAAUCUUAACUCUACUGCAUGCAAUAACUUUAGUACCAAUUCAGUUGUCGAUCGUAAUCUUGGUGCAAAUCCCAUUAUCGUUAAUUUUGGUAAUUCUAUCGGAAAUGGUUCUCCUAUGUCUUCUUACUUGUAA